AGCCAUCUUUGUUUUGCAGGACUUUCUCCUGGUGAACCUGUUCCUCUGUGACUUCAGCAAAAACUCCUCAUCUGCUCCAAGAAGGAAUUCUCCUCUUUUGAGAUCAGGACUUCUGAGAAAUGAGCUGCCAAUGAAUCAACUUGACGAUAGGCUCUUCUCUCUUGGCCUUGAGGUCUUCUAGAGGGUUUGAGCCUCUUUGCCAUAAUGAAGGGGUUGGGGACCAACCGUAACAGACAUCUGUCUGACUCUUGUGAUCCCUCUCUAAAUCACCCAGAGGCUCUCUACCACCAGAAGACCAGCACACUGCCACGCAGCCCUUACUUGCUUAGCCCCACAAUGGACCACUACGGCACCAUGGACCCCCACCUCUAUCCUUCUGCCAAUCCAGGCUCCCUUCCAGCAGACUGCAUGUUGCCCCUCAACAAUCAGCUUUCCAAUAGCAGCACUUUUCCCAGCAUUCAUUACAACUCCUACGACCAGUCCGAUUUCUCUCCUCCUAGUGACAGCAUCGGCGGGAUAGGCACAGGCACCAUGGGAACAUCUCUGUCAAUGGGCAUGGGAUCAGGUAUGGCCAUGUCAGGGCUGGGUGGUAGAACACCUAUGAUCACAAGCGGCUCAGCCACCAUAUCACACCAUAUCAAUAAGAGUCAAACCCCACCCAGUCUACUAGAUUUUGAGAAGCAGCUUCCUGGAGGUCGUGACGGAUUCAGCACUUUACAGUUUCAUCGGACUUCGGCUGCUGUCGCUGCCAAGCAGCGGACAGACAGUCCUGGUCGCAUUCGUUACAUGCUGCACUCAGUGCAGAAGCUCUUCGCUAAGUCCCAAUCCCUGGAGAGCCACAACAUGAAGGGAAAUGUAAAUGGAAGGUCAACUGGCAGCGGUGGAGGCACCUCUUCCGGCACUGAGGAUGGAGGGAAGCACAAUCGCAGAUCCAAAAGUAAAGAUCGUGUUACAAAGUCUGAGGCGACUGCUAAAAGAAGGCCGAGAUCCAACAUGUCAGGGUACUGGAGCUCAGAUGAUUUGGACAGCAGUGAUUUGAGCAGCUAUCAUAAUACUAUGACCAUGAUGACCCUUGGGCGUCCAAGUGGCCAUGAAAGCCAUAGUGGUCAGAAUAAAUACAUCCACAGUGGCUACAAUACUAUCAGUUCCUCUAAAAGCAGCAAUGACAUGAAGUAUCCAGCACUUCCUGGAGUUGGGGAUAUUGGUGGUGGACUUAGUGGACCAAUGGGUAUGAUGAUAAACGAUACAGAGUAUGUGAAAGGAGGAUCUUGGUCCACACUGACCAUGGGUCAACCAAGACAGGUUCUUCUGAAGGGUUCAACUACUCUGGACAGGUCAAUGCUCAAGUCCAAGUCCUGCCAGCAGGAAUUAACUCGUAACUAUCUACAAGUUGGACGCAGGGGGGAUUGGAGUAGCUCAUUAGGUCGCGGUGCGGGUUUCAAUGAGAUCCCAUGUCGGCGGAUGCGCAGUGGCAGCUAUGUAAAGGCCAUGGGAGACAUGGAGGACAGUGACGACUCAGAUGGAAGCCCUAAACCUUCGCCCAAAAGUGCUGCUCGUCGUCAGAGCUACCUCAGAGCCACCCAGCAGUCUCUAAGUGAACAGCUACCCCCACAUAACAGAACCUUGGAUUUCACAUUGUUACAGGGGGAGCUGGAUGCCCUGUGGUCUCCACUCCACAGCAUGCCCUCUCUGCACCAGCUGGGCAGGUCAAUGAGCAGCUGUCUUCCGUCUCUCAGAGAGCUUUCUAGUAAUCGCAGCCUUGACAACCUGGACUGCAUUGGAGGACCAGGGGCUUUGGCACCAUGGGAUGAAGAUGGCUUCAGUCAGGCUUGCAGCACCCUGGGCAGACGUAGUUGCAUGGGACAGUUGCGGGACUUGGAAAAAAGUCAUCAUUAUGAAGACAGAAGCUCAGAGCCUACCUUCAGAGAUUCCCGUCCGCAGGACAUUUCGGAGCCUCCAGACAUGCCCAUGCCAACAUGCUUCCGCUCCCGCAGCCACAGCUACCUUAGAGCUAUCCAGGCUGGCUGCUCCCAAGAUGACGACACCGCUUCCAUAGACUCAGGCUGCUCUCCACCUCCGACUGACUCCUCCGUUCGCACGUAUGGCACUGGCACUGACGACCUUUCUUCACAAUGGAAGACAUGGAAAGAACAGUUUUCAUCUUACCUGAUAGCCACUGGCUUGGAUAGAGCUCCAAAGGAGAAACAACUUGCAAUUUUUCUUCAGCGCUUUGGGACAGACAGACCACGCAUCCUACCCCCACACACAGUCUCUACGUGCAUAACAAGCUGUAAGAAGGCCGCCCCCCCACCUGUGCCUCCGCGCACAACCUCCAAGCCCUACAUAUCGGUAACGGUGCAGAGCAGCACAGAGUCGGCGCAGGACAACUACUUAGACCAGCAGGAUAGGAGGUCAGAGGUCAACAGCCAGUCCAGCCACGCUCACAGCAACUCCUCCGACAGCCUUGACAGCACCCGUGCCAACAGUCUGGCCUGGGGUAUCCCUCGACCUCCGCACAUCAUCCCCAUUCCCGUUGCUACGCCGAGGGAGCCAAUCGUCCCUAGCACCGCCAACGCUUCCACUGAGACAAGUGACUCAGUCGUCCACAAUGAAUCUGUGAAAUCAGGAUCUAGUAAAGGGAAUUUAACAGCAGAGGAACCUUUUGUAGCCCCAGUACCGAGGCGGAAACUGUCUUCUAUUGGGAUACAGGUCGACUGCAUUCAGGAAGCCCCCAGAGAGGAGACCCCGCCUCUGGCCAAAUUCCAGUCGAUAGGAGUACAGGUGGAGGACGGGUGGCAAGUCAGUCGCUCCAGCAGUAUGGCAUCCAAACAAGAAACAGACUCUGACACACAGGACAUCUCUGCCAUUUCUCAUAUCAGCAUUGCCAAAACCUUUGAGAAAAAAGUCAUGGUCAACAGUGCCAGUCAGUCCAUGAGUUCCCCACCUGGACAAGACUCUUUAGACAACGGAGACCCGUCUGGCAACACCUCCUCCCCGCCGCCUCCCAGGCAAAUCCUCAACCGCUCCACCACACGGAGCAGCUCCUCCUCUUUCUCCGAAAGCCUGGACCCGGCGCUGGACCCCUCCUCUCUGCCCCCUCCAGACCCCUGGCUCGACAGCGAAAACGGGAACAACGGAAGCGCCUCUCAGAGCGGAGGAGGCGGGACGCUGUGUCGGAGAGACGGCCACUGGUUCCUGAAGCUGCUGCAGGCCGAGACGGCACGGAUGGAGGGCUGGUGCCAACAGAUGGAGCAGGAAACCAAAGACAACCAGCUCUCAGAGGAGGUGCUGGGGAAAGUUCGCACCGCGGUGGGAAGUGCUCAGCUCCUAAUGUCUCAGAAGUUCCAGCAGUUCCGGGGACUGUGUGAGCAAAACCUGAAUGUGACUGCAAACCCACGGCCCACAGCCCAGGACCUGGCUGGCUUCUGGGACCUGCUACAGCUAUCUAUCGAGGACAUUAGCCUCAAGUUUGAUGAGCUCUACCAUCUAAAGUCCAAUGACUGGCAGCCCGUACCGUCUGCGGCCACCCAGUCGUCCCCUGAGCGGAAGAGCGAGGACAAGGCAACCCUUCCUGCGUCCAAGAAGCCUAAUAAGACGCGGCCGACGCUUGCCCGCGAGAAGAGUGCCGACUCCUCUUCAACAUCUUCAUCAGCCUCUGCAGAAAAGCAGAGACAAGAGGCUCGCAAACGCCUGCUGGCUGCUAAGAAGGCUGCCUCGUUUCGCCAGAACUCUGCCACGGAGAGCGCGGACAGCAUUGAAAUUUACGUCCCCGAGGCCCAAACUCGCCUCUGAGAGGAAGACAUGAGCGAGAAGGAUCCUAGGACGGAUAAGUGUUUUCUCUGGAGAAAAAAAAAAGAAAAAUGAGGAGGAUGUUUAUUCAGGUCAGAUGAAUUAUUGUGAGUAAGGAAG